GUCACCAUUCAAAGCUCAAUCAAGAAUUUGCUAUUGCAGUAAUUGAUAUGAUGUUUGAUCCUACAAUCACAACUACCUCUCUUACUGGUAGAGAAAUUCAUUUCCGCAUGGAAGCCCGAUCUAAACAAGUUAAUAAUAUACAACAGCUAGGAGAUAGUAAUGCUGAA